UUCACUUCCACUCUUUAGCAGUUUCAGUGGAGGAAGUUUGUUUUGUGCAUUAAAUCGUUCUCCGCUUUCCGUUGAACUCGACCUGCAACAGGAUUAGAAAAUGUUUGGAGUAAAAGACGCAGGGUGGUGUCACAUGAUUGGCUGACUGGAUCGUAGGGGGGCGGGGCUUCCAGCGGUAAUAAUAUCUGACAGUAAGGGAGAGGACAGCAUCGGGUUGCAGCUGAAAUAAAAGACUGUAAAAGACAAUUUGCUGAAAGACAAGAGAGAGAAAGCAAACACAGGUCAGUUAGAGGCUGCCGAAAGAAACGAGAGAAAUAUGCAGAGUGAAGCGGACAAGAAGGAAGACUUGGAGGAACAGCAGAGAUGUAAGAAGGAGAGAAGGAGAAACAGAAGAGUUGGACAAUGAUUCCUGCUGCCAGCCACCUACUUCAGAUGCUCUCAUCCUCGAAUGUUUCUCUCCACCUCCCUCGUUUCAUCCGCUCAGCCACCCAUCACGCCCUCCCCGCUUCCUCCUAUAUUUAAUGGGAGAAGGCACAGUGACAGGGGGAGAUUGACUGGUCAUCUUGGACUCACAGGGAAGGAGGGAGGGAGGGAAGACGGAGAGGAGAGCAGAGUGAACUCCCCUAAAUAAUCAAUCCUCAUAUCCUGCCGCUCGUUCCCCCUCACUCUUUUUUUUCUCAGACGAGGUGCAAAGAGGAAGCAGGAGAGACGGGAAUCUGGAAGCUCUGGGAAGUGGAUUCUGGACGUUUUCACCUGGGAUGAUGGAAACAUUCAUGAACAACAACAGCAGGCAACCAGGUGGACAAAUGUCCGCCUCGUUUCUUCAAAUCUGACGAGAAAAACUGAGAAUCUUUCCAAGAAACAGAAAAAAAGAUUUAAAAAAAUUGAACUCCGACUGCAGAUUCUUUCUGGGACGAAGAAUCGGGGAUGAAAAGGUGGAAAGGAGAUAAAAUCUAAGUUGGAGUCAAACAGCUGGAACUAUGAACUACAUUUUUGGCAACAACACCCUGUACCCCCGCAGCUCCAGAGUGGGCGGGGCAUCUGGAGGUCAAGGGGCGGGGCUAGGAAUCAAGCAGAAGUUGGGACCAAAGCGAGGCUCUUCGGAGGAGCUGGCGCCUCCACACACUUCGUCUCCGUCCACUUCGUCUCCGGCCUCCUCCUCUCCCUCCACCUCCUCAUCUCGCUGGCAGCAGCUCCUCACCUUCUUCUCCAGGAGGAGCGCCUUCACAGAUUGUAUCAAUUCUAGUCAGGCCAACCCCCCUCCAUUGGUGGUCAAUACCGACAGCGUAGACACCCCCCCAUAUGUCAAUGGAACAGAAGCAGACUAUGAGUAUGAGGAAAUCACACUGGAGAGGGGUAACUCAGGACUGGGCUUCAGUAUUGCUGGAGGCACAGAUAACCCCCACAUUGGAGAAGACCCAUCAAUCUUUAUCACCAAAAUCAUCCCGGGGGGAGCUGCAGCCCAAAAUGGACGACUCAGGGUGAAUGACUGCAUAGUCCGGGUGAAUGACACGGACGUGAGGGAGGUGACUCACAGCGGGGCGGUGGAGGCGCUGAAGGAGGCGGGAGGACUGGUCCGGCUCUGCAUACGACGACGGAGGAGCCUCGCUGAGAGGAUCAUGGAUAUUAAGCUGGUCAAAGGGCCAAAAGGUUUAGGGUUCAGCAUAGCAGGCGGUGUUGGAAACCAGCACGUUCCUGGUGACAACAGCAUCUAUGUGACCAAAAUUAUCGAAGGAGGGGCUGCACACAAAGACGGGCGACUACAAAUAGGGGAUAAACUUGUCGCUGUAAAUGCUUCUUGCUUGGAGGAAGUGACUCAUGAAGAGGCAGUUGCGGCACUAAAGUCCACUCCGGACGUCGUGUACCUCCGUGUCUCCAAACACAGCUCCCUUUUCAUUAAUGACAACUUCCCUCCACCCGAUGUCACCAACUCAUAUUCCCCACAUCAGGACAACCACGUUAGUCCGUACAUGAGUGGGAGCCAGUCUGUAAGCCCCGCCCCUCUGACCACGCCCAGAUACUCUCCGCUGCCCAGGAGCCUGACGACAGACGAAGACGUUCCCAGAGAACCCAGGCGAGUGGUUCUGCAGAGGGGAUCCACGGGUCUCGGCUUCAACAUCGUUGGAGGGGAGGACGGUGAGGGGAUCUUCAUCUCCUUCAUCCUGGCUGGAGGUCCAGCCGAUCUAUGUGGCGAGCUCCGAAAAGGAGACCGCAUCCUAUCGGUGAACGGGGUGGACCUGACCAGUGCAACACAUGAGCAGGCAGCUGCAGCUCUAAAGAAUGCUGGACAAACAGUGACUAUUGUAGCUCAGUACAGACCUGAGGAGUACAGUCGAUUCGAGGCUAAGAUCCAUGACCUGAGGGAACAAAUGAUGACCAGCAGCGUCAGCUCCAGCUCCACGUCUCUCCGCUCCACACAGAAACGCACACUUUACAUCAGAGCUUUGUUCGACUACGAUGGAAGUGCUGCAGACCUGAGUGCGCCCAAUCAGGCCCUGCCGUUCGGCUUUGGGGACAUCCUCCAUGUGAGCAGCGCCGGCGAGGAGGAGUGGUGGCCCGCCCGGCACCUCAGCCCUCCGCCCCCAAACUGCCCUGAAGUUGGACUCAUCCCCAGCCGAAGGAGAGCAGAGAAGAAGGAAAGGUCGAGGCUAAAGAUGGUCAGAGUGUCGAGGUCUCAGGACAGAUCGGAUCAAGAGGAUAAAGCGCUGGUAACCUCUGGCACCAGUGAUAGUGAGAGUAGUUCCUCUGGCCAGGAGGAGAUUCUCCUUACAUACCAACCUGUUGUGCAGCAGGAAGUCAAUUACACACGGCCAGUCAUCGUGCUUGGACCAAUGAAAGAUCGGGUCAAUGAUGACCUCAUCUCUGAGUUUCCUGAAAAGUUUGGAUCCUGCGUCCCACACACAACACGGCCACGAAGAGACUACGAGGUGGACGGCAGAGAUUAUCACUUCAUGUCCUCGAGAGAGCUGAUGGAGCGAGAGAUUCAGGAACACAAGUUCAUCGAGGCGGGUCAGUACAACAACCACCUCUACGGGACCAGCAUACAGUCUGUCAGAGAGGUCGCCGACAAGGGGAAACAUUGCAUCCUGGAUGUUUCUGGGAAUGCCAUAAAGCGUCUCCAGAUGGCGGGCCUCUACCCCAUCGCUAUCCUCCUUAGACCGCGAAAUGUCGACAACAUCCUAGAGAUGAACAAACGUUUGACAGAGGAACAGGCGAGGAAGGCCUUCGACAGAGGCAUCAAACUGGAGCAGGAGUUUGCAGAGUACUUCACCGCAAUAGUCCACGGCUCUUCUUUAGAGGAAAUUUACUCGCAGGUGAAGCAAAUCAUCGAGGAGCAGUCGGGUCCUUACAUCUGGGUGACCACCAAGGAGCGACUCUGAACAAACACACACAUGCAAAAUGUCCAUGCACACACAUUACUGUCUCUACACUUCCCACUUGAUUUUAUUUUUUUCUACUAUCAGCCUGCUUCCUCUGUUUUGCAUUGCUGCACACACGUGUAUUCACACAAGCACACGAUGGCGGCGCGGCGAGGCCGGGACUAUCUGGGACGUUUCCUUCCUGCGGCGGGAGGACCUCGGGUCGGUCCGGCAGCCUCCGGGUGGAUCUUCCUUCAGCUUGGUUCCUUAAUGUUUAAGGAGUUGGUUCAAAUCAAGGCAACUUGUACCAUGAUCUGAUUUAUUUCACUACUGUUCUUCUUAUUGUUGUUGUCGUUGUUGUUUUCAUAUUAACAAAGAGUAAUGCAUUCAUGAAUCGGUUUGUAAUGAUAAUAUUGUCACCAAGAGCCAGACUUUUGCACGCUGUAGCUUUAAGAGCAUGUUUUUGGGACAAAAAUCUUGAUCUAACUCCC